UUUCCUCCGCGCCGAGCCCGGCCCGCCCUGCCCUGCCCGCCGCCCCGAGCGGGCCGGGCCCGGCGGCACCAUGCAGGCGCAGCCGCUGCUCUACGAGUUCUUCAGCGAGGAGAACGCGCCCAAGUGGCGGGGGCUGCUGGUGCCCGCCCUGAAGAAGGUUCAGGUGCAAGUCCAUCCUAAACUCUCAUCUACCGAAGAUGCGUUGCAGUACGUGGAGGAGCUAAUUCUCCAGUUGCUAAAUAUGUUGUGUCAAGCCCAGCCGAGAAGUUUUCUGGAUGUAGAGGAUCGUGUUCAGAAAAGCUUUCCCCAUCCUAUUGAUAAGUGGGCAAUAGCUGAUGCCCAGUCUGCCAUUGAGAAACGAAAACGAAGAAAUCCGUUAUCUCUCCCAGUAGAAAAAAUCCAUCCUUUAUUGAAGGAGGUUCUAGGUUACAAAAUUGACCACCAAGUGUCUGUUUACAUAGUGGCAGUAUUAGAAUACAUUUCUGCAGACAUACUAAAAUUGGUUGGGAAUUAUGUACGAAAUAUAAGGCAUUAUGAGAUUACAAAACAAGAUAUUAAAGUGGCAAUGUGUGCUGAUAAGGUAUUAAUGGAUAUGUUCCAUCAAGAUGUAGAAGAUUUAAGUGCACUAACUUUAUCUGAUGAAGAGCCCUCCACUUCAGGGGAGCAAACCUAUUAUGACCUAGUGAAGUCAUUUAUGGCAGAGGUUCGGCAAUAUAUAAGGGAACUUAAUCUCAUUAUCAGAGUCUUUAGAGAGCCAUAUGCCUCCAACUCCAAACUAUUUUCAUCUCAUGAUGUUGAAAAUAUAUUUAGUCGUAUAUCAGACAUUCACGAACUUAGUGUAAAGUUACUGGGUCAUAUAGAAGACACUGUUGAAAUGACAGAUGAAGGUAGUCCUCAUCCGUUAGUAGGCAGCUGUUUUGAAGAUAUGGCUGAGGAACUAGCAUUUGAUCCUUAUGAAUCAUAUGCACAAGAUAUUUUACGACCUGGUUUUCAUGAUCAUUUUCUAAGUCAAUUAUCGAAGCCAGGAGCAGCAUUUUAUUUACAGUCAAUAGGUGAAGGCUUUAAAGAAGCUGUUCAGUAUGUUCUACCCCGGCUGCUCCUUGCCCCUGUUUACCACUGUCUUCAUUAUUUUGAACUACUAAAACAACUAGAAGAAAAAAGUGAGGAUGAAGAGGAUAAGGAGUGCUUGAAGCAAGCAAUAACAGCCCUACUGAAUCUUCAAAGCAGUAUGGAACGGAUAUGCUCCAAAAGUCUUGCAAAACGAAGGCUUAGUGAAUCUGCGUGCCGAUUCUAUACUCAGCAGAUGAAGGGGAAACAGCUAGCAAUCAAGAAAAUGAAUGAAAUCCAGAAAAAUAUCGAUGGUUGGGAGGGUAAGGACAUCGGACAAUGCUGUAAUGAGUUCAUCAUGGAAGGAACGCUGACACGCGUUGGAGCAAAACAUGAGAGACACAUAUUUCUAUUUGAUGGCUUGAUGAUUUGCUGUAAGUCAAAUCACGGCCAGCCAAGGCUUCCUGGUGCUAGCAAUGCAGAAUAUCGUCUAAAAGAAAAGUUCUUCAUGCGAAAGGUACAAAUCAAUGAUAAAGACGACACUAAUGAGUACAGACAUGCUUUUGAAAUCAUCUUAAAAGAUGAGAACAGUGUUAUUUUUGCUGCUAAAUCAGCUGAAGAGAAAAAUAACUGGAUGGCAGCGUUGAUAUCUUUGCAAUAUAGAAGCACGCUGGAAAGGAUGUUGGACGUAACAAUGCUGCAGGAAGAAAAAGAGGAGCAGAUGAGAUUUCCAAAUCCUGAGCUUUACAGGUUUGCAGAACCUGACUCAGAAGAGAAUAUUGUGUUUGAAGAAAACAUGCAGCCCAAAUCUGGAAUCCCCAUCAUCAAGGCAGGAACUGUUGUCAAACUUAUUGAGAGGCUGACUUACCACAUGUAUGCAGAUCCCAACUUUGUUCGGACUUUUCUCACAACAUACAGAUCCUUCUGUAAACCCCAGGAGCUGUUGAGUCUGCUAAUAGAAAGAUUUGAAAUUCCAGAACCUGAGCCAACAGAAGCUGAUCGUAUUGCUAUGGAGAAUGGAGACCAACCUCUUAGUGCUGAGCUAAAAAGAUUUAGAAAGGAGUACAUUCAACCUGUGCAGCUACGAGUAUUAAAUGUAUGUCGACACUGGGUAGAGCACCACUUCUAUGACUUUGAAAGAGAUGCUGAUCUUCUGCAACGUUUGGAGGAAUUCAUUGGAACAGUACGAGGCAAAGCAAUGAAGAAAUGGGUUGAAUCAAUCACAAAGAUAAUCAACCGGAAAAAGCAGGCACAAGCCAUUGGGCCAACUCACAACAUUACUUUUGAAAGCCCACCUCCAGCGAUUGAAUGGCACAUAAGCAAACCAGGACACACAGAGACUUUUGACUUGCUCACUUUGCAUCCAAUAGAAAUUGCUCGGCAGCUCACUUUACUUGAGUCAGAUUUUUACAGAGCUGUGCAGCCAUCUGAACUAGUUGGAAGUGUGUGGACAAAGGAAGAUAAAGAAAUUAAUUCUCCCAAUCUUCUCAAAAUGAUAAGGCAUACAACUAAUCUUACUUUGUGGUUUGAAAAAUGCAUUGUAGAAACAGAAAACCUAGAGGAAAGAGUAAUUGUAGUGAGCCGAAUAAUUGAAAUCCUGCAAGUUUUUCAAGAGCUAAACAACUUCAAUGGUGUCCUUGAGAUUGUCAGUGCCAUGAAUUCUGCAGCAGUGUAUAGGUUGGAUCACACAUUUGAGCAAAUUCCAAGUCGUCAAAAGAAGAUUUUAGAAGAAGCUUAUGAACUGAGUGAGGAUCACUAUAAGAAAUACUUGGCAAAACUCAGGUCCAUUAAUCCUCCUUGUGUGCCUUUUUUUGGAAUUUACUUAACUAACAUUUUAAAGACAGAAGAAGGCAAUCCUGAAUUUCUAAAGCGACAUGGAAAAGAACUCAUAAAUUUCAGCAAGAGAAGAAAAGUAGCUGAAAUAACCGGAGAGAUACAGCAGUACCAGAACCAGCCAUAUUGCUUAAGAGUAGAAUUUGACAUUAGGAGAUUUUUUGAAAACCUGAAUCCGAUGGGGAACAGCAUGGAGACAGAAUUUACAGAUUAUCUGUUCAACAAGUCGCUAGAGAUAGAGCCACGAAAUGUGAAGCCUCCACCAAGAUUUCCCAAAAAGUACAGCUAUCCUCUCAAGUCCCCAGGUGUUCGGCCAUCUAAUCCAAGGCCAGGUACCAUGAGACACCCUACACCCCUGCAACAGGAACCAAGAAAAAUUAGUUACAGCCGCAUCCCAGAGAGUGAGACAGAAACUACAGCAUCUGCACCAAACUCUCCACGAACGCCUUUGACCCCACCCCCUGCUUCUGCUACUUCAAGUACUACAGAUGCCUGCAGUGUAUUUGACUCAGAUCCUUCAAGUCCUUUUCAUGCAAGAUCUGCUUCUGUGUCAUCCAUAAGCUUUACCAAAACUUCAGAUGAAGCUCACGUUCCCCCACCAGUUCCUCCACGAAGAAGACCAGAGUCUGCCCCAGCUGAAUCCUCCCCAUCAAAAAUUACUUCUGCACACCUGGACAGCCCGCCAGCAAUCCCUCCUAGGCAACCAACCUCUAAAGUGUAUUCACCAAGGUACUCGGUGCCUGACCGGACCUGCAUCUCUGACCCCCCUGAAAGCCCUCCUGUGUUACCACCACGAGAACCUGUGCGAACUCCAGAUGUUUUCUCUAGCUCACCACUACACCUCCAGCCUCCACCACUGGGGAGAAAAAGCGAACUUGGUAACACCUUUUUCCCAAACAGUCCCUCUCCAUUUACUCCCCCUCCCCCUCAGACACCUUCUCCACAUGUAGCACGGAGGCAUCUUCCAUCACCACCACUGAUACAACAAGAUGUGGACCUCCAUUCUGUCGCUGGACCACCUGUUCCUCCACGACAAAGCACUUCUCAACAUAUCCCAAAGCUUCCUCCAAAAACUUACAAAAGGGAGCACACACACCCAUCGAUGCAUCGAGACGGACCGCCCUUGCUGCAGAAUGCCCACUCCUCCUGAACUGUCCCCUGCGCUGGGAGUUGCGUUUUCCUGGUGCUACGUCUGUUGCUGGCAAUGGAUGCACUGAACCUGGUGGUGCCAAGGAGUUGGGAUGUGUAUAUGCCAAACACUAAAAACUCUCCAAUAAAUUGGAAAUGCAGUGUACAGAGAAGGAAUUGCAAAAACAGACAUUCGAGUGGAAGAACUGGUUAACUCGCUGUUCUUGUUUUAGUAUGCAGGACAUUGUUCUAAGAUAAUUGGACAACUGAUUGUACCAGAAAACAGACUUGAGGGACUUCUUUGGCCAAUGAGCAGAGACUGUAUUUGUGUAAUGAUCUGUAAUGUCCAGUACAGGAAGGAAAACAGUCUUGUAUCCAUCAGUUCCAUACAGUGGCACAGUUUUUGGAAUGAAAACAUUAUGCACUUUUUUUAAAUCUCAAACAGGGAACUUUGUAUCCUUCUUAAUUUUCUUUUGCUUUACUCCCUGCUUUAAAAUACUUUCCUAAAAUUGUGAGAAGGACUGUGAGGAAGAUCUGUGGUACCUAACUGAGUUAGACUUUAAGGCGUAGCACUGUAUUGCGGUCCUGUUUACAAGUUGUUACGAUGAGUAGUAGGGGGUACCUAGGCUUCACCAAAGAGGUACUUUAUUAUUAUUUUCUGAAAUAUUGUGGUGCCAGUUCAAAAAUAAAUUUUUGCCAGAAAGCAUAAUGUCUAAUUACUGCUUUCUUUAGGUAGAGCAGAUGAAAGUCUUACAUCAUUACAGUGACAGCAAAUUUUCUUUAAAAGGCAGCACUAUCAUCUGAAAUAAAUAUACUACUACAUUUAGAAGACUGUUAAUUUCUGCUAGGUUAUGUCACAUUCUUUUUAAGGUUUACUGAUAAUCCAUUUCAUGGCUAGUAGCUAUUUUUUUGGUCAUGCCAUGAAAAGAGUCACUUGUGAAAAAGAGCACUCACUGGCCAACUUCCAUAGCUAUUGUCAUAUUUUACUAACAAUAGAUUAAUCAGCAUACAUAGAAUCGCCUUGCAGUUGCAUAAAUCAUGUGUAUAUAGUGAAUGUUGCAUAAAUAUACUUGCAGAUUGUUUUUAAUUUAAUUGAAAUAAAGAUACAAAUAUGUUUGGCUGACAUAUGUUAAAUUAUUACAUGGGCAAAUUACAACUCUUUUAUUUUUUUUAGUUAAGCACUGGAGGAUAUGAAAGCACAUGUUUUGGUACAUUUUUCCCAGUUCCAGUUUGUCUACUUCAGUUAUAAGAGUCCAAAAAGAAGUUGAUUUUGGCAUAUGUAUCAAAGUAAUAUCUCAGGAUAGGUUAAUCCCAAAGUGAAUUAUUAUGUAAGAUUUCCUCAGACCUCUUGUAUGUCACUUGUUAGGGAAAUUCGAACUUAUAUUAAUCUUUACAGUAGCUUGCUGUCUGAAAUAGACAUAACAGAACAUAUACUGGCAUAAGUUUCAUGACAUGGAUUAUCCAUAAACCUGUGCACUGUUUUUUAACUCUAGACAAUACAGUAAUGCAUGCCAGCUGUUGAAGAAAGAGCUCUAUACUCACCAUUACAGUAUGUUUGUGAAGUAUCUCAUCUUCAGUUAAUGGGGCUCGUGGGUCUUAAGUAAAAUUCUGUCUUGUAUCUUUGGGAGAAGAAUACAUUUCAGCAUCUUGAACAGUUGUGUCAUUAGGGGUGAUGUCAGUAGACCGGUGAUAAAGCUUACCUUUUAAUGCUUUCUGCAAUGCCAUUGAUCUAUGCACCUUAUCUUUUUGUGUGGUCUUUACAUUUCAGAAAGUGUUUUGAUCCCAUCAACAAAAACGGCAGUUUUCAUCAUGGACAAAUGUUGUAAUGUGUCAGUUGUGUUCUUUCUUUGAUGUCUUAAAUUUUAUUUUGAAACAUUUUUCUGGCAAAUGAAGAAAAAUGAAGAUCUCUAUGCCGUAGCUUCAGAAGAGAAUGUUCUUACAUGGGAGCUUGACAGAAACACUCAAGCUGCAGGAGGUAUAAUUUACAUUUUAGUUCUUUGGAUGUAAACAACGCAAUGGACAUAAUGUUGAAAGCAUCAUAUAAAUUAUUCCAUGGACUACCAGGAAAAGCUCCGUAAAUUUAGAUUUUCUGAUCUGUCUCUCUCUCCUUCUGUGCUAUUUAGUAGUCAAGGCAGACCAGGCAGAAGGAAUACUCAGCUUCUGUGAUGGUCCAACUAGAAUGGAAGACCUCACAUUGAUCCUGUUCAUCAGCAGGCCUCUUGAAUGUCGGUAGGCCUCUACUUUCCUUUGUGCAAUGGGCAGAAUGCUGACUUGCGUCCCUGUAGUCGAGGUUAAAAUUCCUUUAUUGGUGGGGUACUUGGACAAUAGGUUAUAAUGGUAACCAUGCAAGAACCUAACUUAAAUUUAUCACUUUGGAACCCAGCAGAGCAGGUCAGGCAUACAGUGAACAAAUCGUUGUGUUGACUCAGCUACAGACAAGAAGGAACAAGAACCAAACCUAUUGCAUUUAGGGUGGGAGUUUUGAGUACAACUUGUAAGCCUCUGCUUUGUCUCAUGGCAGUUUUGUUAAUAAUUAUUUAACCUGCAAUAACUUUUUAUUUGGUUGAUGUUUGCUUUACUGACAAUACUUCUCAUAUGGAAAAUGAAGUAAUUCUUAUCCUGUUAUGUGGUUGUGGCUAAAAUGACUCUGGAAUGAUCUGGUAUGACUCAAGGUGACAACAUGCAGGAUAAAGAAAUGUGCUUGCUUGAAGGCUGAUCACUGGCUUGGGUGAGUUGCUGUGUAUAUCUGGAGUGCAUUACAAAUGGGUAAGAGCUGAAACAGGAGCUAACUGCGUAGCCAUGUGGAUAAAAAUGUGAAGUGCUUAAAUAGAUCAGAAAUUUAUAGGUGUGGUACUUAAUUUGAGCUGUGUCACCUCAAGAUUUCUACUUUGAGUGUAGGCUAGAGCGACAGUGGACCGUGAUUGGGUUUGUUAAUUUUCUUCCAGAGAAUGUCAUAGCUGUGUGUUUGCUCAGAGAAGCCCUUUGGAAAUUGAGGAGUGCUGAUAUUGCAAGCACUGUGCAUUUACUUUCUCAGGAAACCAUUAUAACCCAUUUCUGUAAUAUGUCUCUCUUAAAUCAGGGAGGAAGAGGUCUUUUUUGGUGAGAGUGUACUCAUGCUAGUGCAUGGGAUUUACAUCCUUUGGGGUUUAGACUGACAGUCACUGGAUGUGUAAUUAUUUUUCUUUUACGGGUUUGAUUCAAAAGCAGUUGUGUUACUACUGAAGUUGGUAGACUGUUGUGCUUGUGAUAGAGCGUUUUAUUUUGUUGCACCCAAAGGAGGGUUUUUAUUCAAGCUGAAGAGCUGCUUGAUCAAAUUUGCUUCACAGCAGGCUGUGUUGCAUUAUACUGAGUUCACAUUGCAGCUGUUGUCCAGUUCUUAGGUGUGGCAUUUUAUUGAGGCAGCCUCUACUGCUGGCAUUUCUGGCAGUACUGCCAUUUCAGCUCUGCUAGAACGCCCCAUUUAUUAAUGUUUGUCUUACAAAUUAGAAGCAAGUGAAACAAAAUGUUACUUAAAACUUUCUUAAAGCUUUGCUGCUGCGAGCAGUGCGUUUAGCUGCAGCAUUUUAAGGUCCUUCCUUGGCUUUCUCUUCAAAGCUAAUGUCUUUUCCAGACAGGAAGAAGGAGCUUAGUCAGGAUAUUUUAAGAUGAUAUUUUAAAGUUUGAAAAAUCUUGUGGUUCUUUGCUGCCUUGAAAUACCCUUUUUUAGUUGCUGUCAUUUCCACACCUAGAUGAUGGGUGAGCUGGAGGUGUUACAGUUCAUGUUCCCUAAGGAGAGAAAAGUGGCCCAAUACUGUUGUAAAGCCAAAAGUGCUUUUAACAUAGUUUGUAAAUCCGAUGCCUUAAUUUCCAUUGAAAGCACAUUUAGUGCAUUUUUCUGUCAACUGUGAGGAAAUAUUUUUGCCUUUAAUAAAAACCAGCACAUUUAGUAGCCAACUGCUGCAGCAACACCAGGCAAACAAAUUAGAGUCGCUUCUUUUGACUUCUAGCAAGCAAAUGGGAAAUGAUGUGCCAGCUGCCUGAAAGUGAAAGGAGUACAAAGUGCCAGAUGUAUGACAAUUUCCAUAGCCCCCAAAGGUGCCACUUGUUAAAGAACACCAGGAAUAUUUUUAAAAAGAAGGACAAAGGAAGGUAGAGAAUUGAAGGUGCAUUUUAUUGGAUUUGCUUUGGACAAAUUUACUCAAAUAUUCUUGGGAUUUAUCCUUUUGUUGUUCUUCUUUUCAUAAGAACAAACUUUGGAUUGCAGUGUAUUUACUCCAGUGUGUGUGUCCAUUUGCUUUGUUUAAUGACAUGGUUACUUGCCAAAAUCAGUAAAUGUUAAAAGCUGUGUCAGUCCAGGACAAGUACAUUUAAAUUCAUUGGGCACAUCUGAUGGCCUGUGUACCUCAUUGUCUGUAAGGGAUCUUUACAUGUUGUGACUGCAGACGUUUUCAGAAUGCAUUCAAGUGAAAAUUUAAUAGUG